CUCACGAUUCUGACAAGUCUGUGGACAGUCGACCGUUUCUACAGUCGUACAAGUACGAACGGAGCCUCCCAAAAAUUAGAAGAAGAAGAAGUGAGUGAGUGGGAGUGUAGAGUGCAGUUUACACACGUAUUUGCGUUGUACGGAUAUUUUUUAAACGAGUAUGUGUGCCAUGAAUGCACCGAUUGUUGGAAUAAACUGUCGCGUCUUCAUAUUUACAAAUAAAAUUGUGAAAUAGUAUCCGCAAAAUCAAAUACCACAAUACUAAAGCUGCUAAACUUUUUAGCACGAGUGUGCAGGUUAACUGCAAGAACUGAAAUUGGAAUAAUUCGCAGUCACGUCUUCCGUUGAACGGGAAUCAUGGAUAGUGAACAGCAUCACUAUGAGCUGAGGAGUAGGAGUAGAUCAAGGUCGCAUACUCCAAUGAUCUUUAAUCAGUUAAUGACAGAGUCUGAAUCUACAGAACAUCACUAUGACUUGAGGAGCCGAGAAAGCAGAGAGAGAUCGCACACACCAGGUGAAGUUACCAGUAGCAGACGAUCUGGAUCGAGAUCUCUACCCGCAAGCAGUGUGGAACCGCACGACAAAUCCAUGGAUAUUAUAAUCGAGAAUCGAGAGGAAGUGGAGACAGAGAGAAUAAUGGAGAAAGACAAUUCGGCUCCUCAAACAAUAAAAAAGGUUGAACGACGCUCUGAGAGACAGAGAGUAAAGAGACAAUUACUGACGAAUGGACAGGGCGAGGCCAGAGAACGCCAAUCUCUUGACAAGAGUGAUGAGAAGCACAAGAGUGAAACACCAAAAAGGACAAUAACCAGUGACUAUUCAUCGGAGGAGGGAGAACGUGAGGAUCCACCUAAUCGGUCAGCCUCUGCUUAUGAAAUAUAUAAACAGGCUGGUGAUUAUUGGAAUGUUUUUCCAAAAACGGAUUACACGUACUCACCGGCGUCACAAUGCCGAUACGAAAUUGCCCCGGGUGUUUUGGCAAUGCCUAACAUGUCGAGACCGUCAAUACACUCGGAUGGCAGUAGUGCCGGUAGUACAUUGUCCCUCAAUCAACAAAUAGCCAGUCAAACGUCGUUUAGUACGAGAGAAGGAAACUCGGAUUCUUUGGACGGUGAAAUCAAUGAGUCCAUCGAGCAGAAUCGAUUGAACGAAGAAAAUGCCAGAUUAUUCGCAGCUACAAUGAACAGUGAUAUAUCAUCGGCCGCUGGUUAUAAACAAGUGCAUGUGGAGCAGUUUAUGAGGAGACGUAUAUUUUAUGAAGAGUCUCGCAAUAGAAGAACAUUUGAUAGCCUAGCACAUGUCGAUUCGGACAGUGAGCUGGACGAUGCCGUCAAGACGAAAUGUCUAAGUCGAGGAGAACGUGGGAGAGUGAGAAAGUGGUAUGAGGGCGUCAAGAGUCUUGUGGCUGUCUUGUUUUUCAGCAUCGUCAACGUCGUGACGUUGAAAAUUCUCAGGAGAGAAACAUGCUUCAAUACUAGUCAAGGAUAUUACCAGUUUGGAGAGUCAAAAUGGAGAAGAAUAUGGUCUCAAAUCGACUACUACCUGCAGUAUUUAUAUCUGUGGCUAAUAAGAGUACUUUAUCUUGACACAUGGAUAUUGAGUCGAUUCUCUAGGAUUCGAAAGUAUAUCCUUGCACGUCCAUCUCAACUACUGUGGUUAAUUCUCUUACCACCUCUUCUCUUCGCGGGAUUUUGGUUGCUUCCCUACGCUAAGAGCUUCACAUUCCCCGGAUUUAGGCCUGAUGUGACAGAUGAAAUGGACAAAGUGAAGAUGGAAUCGAAUGAAAUGGUUAUGGACGAGGAGUUUAGAAGGUCCAUAGCGCUUUUGAUUAAUCGAGUAGAGAAGCUCGAGAGUGCGAGGCUUGAUCAAGGGGAGCAAUUAACGAACAUCACGGAGUCCAUUCAGGGGUUGAAAGGAGAGGAGAAAUCUGUCUGGGCACUCUAUGAUGAAAAAUUAACAAAUCUGGAGCAAAAGAUAACUGACAGUAAACCUGACGAAAGAGCUCAGAAUGAGAUCAGCAGAAUAAAACUGGAAUUUAAAAAUCUGCAGGAACUCUAUGCACAACAGAAGACUUGCUGUGACAAACCAACAAUAUCAAUAACCAAUAACGACAUCGAGAGACGUGUCGAAGAAGUAGUGACAUCCUACUUUGGUACAGGUGCAUUCAAAUUCGAGAUAACGAGAAUAGUCGAGGAAAUCAUAAAAGCUAACACUCUAGCUCAAACCGAAGCUCAAGUAAUGGAAAAGUCUAGCACAGUCAAUUGUCCUCAGCCGGCUGAGAGAAUUCCAGUUACUGAUGACCACAUCCGCUCCAUCGUCAAAGAAAUAUUGAAGAUUUACGAUGCAGAUAGAACGGGACGAGUGGAUUAUGCCCUCGAAUCUGCAGGAGGUCAGAUAAUAAGUAUCCGAUGCACUCAGCGUCACAAUGUCAACACAAGAGCGUAUAAAGUCCUUGGAUUCACUCUGUAUUACGAGAGUGGAGAUCCUAGAACAGUUAUCCAAGGUCGUCCACUGCAGCCAGGUGUUUGUUGGGCGUUCCAGGAUUUUCCAGGUUAUCUUUUGAUAAAGGUACGAGCACCUAUCAAGGUCACUGGAUUCACCCUGGAGCAUGCUCCAAGGUCCAUCCUACCGAAUAACGAAAUGAAGAGUGCACCAAGGAAAUUUAACGUUUGGGGACUGAAGGAGGAGAACGAUGCAACCCCAAUGUUAUUUGGUGAAUAUGAGUUCGUCGACAGUGAUGAUAGCCUUCAAUACUUCCCGGUUCAGAAUAAUGAUAUUAAGGAUGCAUAUGAGUAUAUUGAAUUGAGAAUUCAUAGUAAUCAUGGACAGCUUGAGUACACGUGCUUGUACCGAUUCCGAAUCCAUGGAGUACCGGUUUGAACAUUUUGCUAGGGGAAAAAGUAACAGCGCUGACCAAAAGUAUUUUGUUUUUUUAAAUCAUGCUGUGUACAUUGAAAUAGAGCAGUGGAGUGACAAAGCGUAGUAGAUGUAGUCCUUUUUGUGGCUUAUUGUUACAAAAUAAUUCAUGGCCUUUACAAUGAACAUUUUGAGAGGAAUAGGAAAAGGUUUCUUGGAGGAAAUUCAUUAUCAUGAGCAAACAAUGUUCCCUACUUUUUUUUAAAUCCAUUAUUUUCGAGAUUAUAGCAUAAUUUAGUCCCGAAUAAUUAUCUCUACUCAAGUAAAUUAUUCUUGAUUUAAGAAAAGCGUCCCUAUGGGCCUCGUUUCUAUCACCAAUGCCUUGAAUUACAUCUGCUACGGAUUGUCACUUCUCCACUGACUAGACUCACACGUGCCUUUGAACAAAGUAACUAUUAAUAAUGCCAUAAUCAAUGUCAAUAGUCUAUAAUUCUGUAGAAAUCGCAUCAUUUCGUUUUAGGAAUUAGGAAAUUGUACAAUUUUCAGCGUAAGCGCAACAUUUGUUUUUAUAUUGAAAGGAUCUUUAUAGUGUUCAAAACACGGACUGAAAUACUAUCAGCAGUUACCCAAAGCUAUGUAAAUUGUAAUUACCCACAAAGUACAAAUUAUUCUUGGAGGAAAAUGUGUUUUAGAGUCAUAAGGUAAUUUCGCUGGGGUUUUUCCAACGGGAUUCGCUGAUAUCACGCUUUACUUUUUUUUAUAAUGUGUUUUGAUGUUGCUGUAACUUUAAGAGUGUAGGUUUGACGUGCACUAGAGGUUUUAAAGGAUGAGACUUUGACGACAGGACGCGGUGGGCCAAGCUUCCCUCACUCAAACAUCUUCAUAUCAAUGAAAUUCAACGGAUACUUUUGUAAUAAAACUCUUCCCAGAUUUUUAUUUAAACGUAAUGAGAAUCUAAAUAUCUUGUGUUCCAAGUAGAGUUAUCUUUUGUGUAUAUGAUUUAUGAAACAAUGCACUAUUAUUGUACCUCUGAUUAUGUUUUAAGCUUUGUGAUAAUGCUUAUUUUUCGUGUUUUGUAUAGAAAAGAAGAAAAUCCGAGUAUUGUGCUUGCUCUUUUUUCGUAAUGAAUGUUUUAAUUGGAAGAGAAACAUGACGGAUCUGAGUCGAGAUAUGUUACGUCGCAAGCUAGGACGGGGCAUAAUAACUUUGUGGCUGGCGGUACUUAAAUCAAUGGAUCGAGGAUAUGUACCGUGAGAAUCUUGACAUUUUGUAAUUUAAAGUACUUUUUUCUCGUCUUGUCUUAUGUAUGCCGAUUGCGCGUAGGAGUAUAACAUUUUGUGAAUAAAAAAUUAUUAAUGACA